CAUCACCUACUAAUAAUUUAUACGCUAUUAUUCUAUCAUGGAAGAUCCAGAUAAGAAAAUAAGUGUGCUCUGCUUGGGGCCGAAGGGAUCGGGAAAAACAACGCUAUUGAAAAAACUGCAAGACGCUGAAGGUAUAGACAACACGUACAGCCCCGUACCAACUAUAGGGACCAAUAUUUACGAUAUUUACUACGUGAACAAGAGCGGGAAGAAACAGAUGCUGUCAGUAAGAGAAAUCGGCGGGGAGAUGGCGCCACUGUGGAGUAAUUAUUUGGAUGGCGUCGAAAAGGUCAUUUAUGUGGUUGAUACGUCUAACCUCUGCCAAAUAUCAGCUGCAGCUGUACUUUUAUACACACUUUUAGCUGACCCACGUCUCAGCAAAGCAAAGUUUAUCCUCGUCCUUAGCAAGAUGGAUGCCGCGUACAGACAGAUGAGGAAUGAAGCUCUACUGAUGUUGCAAUACACGCGCCUGUGUAAAGAACUACCUCACAAACCAUUACUUCUUGAGGCGUCACCACUUGACGGCGAAGGCAUCGAUAAAUUAAAGGCGUUGCUAGCUGAACAUAAACCUGUCAUUAAUAUAAAGCAUAUUUAAAGUUUUAAAUAAAAAAUAAAUCCCUUCUUAAU